AUGUUUACUAUAGCAUCCAACAGUUUUCGCCGUUUCGCCCAGAAAAAUGCUUCGCAGUCGGCCGCGCCGCCUAACCCGCCUCCAGCCUCCUCUCCACCGAAGCACGCCAGCCGCGGAGGCACCCUAGGGAAGGAACUCCUCCCUUACUGCCGUCGUUCCCGUCCUCUUUGUAUUGGCGUGGCGUGUGGUGGAGAUCCAUCCGGACUUGGAUUUAUCUUUCAUUGGGACAGGCGUAACAAGAAGAGGGAUAUGAGAUCCCUUUGGAUUGAGCGCAUUAAUGCUGGUACACGACUGCAUGGGGUGAACUAUGGAAACUUUAUGCAUGGAUUGAUGAAGGAGAACAUCCAACUCAACAGGAAGGUGCUCACGGAGCUGUCGAUGCAUUAACCUUACGGCUUCAAGGCGCUUGUUGAUGUAUCUCGCACGUCAUUUCCAGGGAACAGGCCUGUCAAAAAGGAGGGUCUAGCAGCUAUCCUAUGAAACAAUUUGUCCAAUAAAUCACUGAACUCAUGAUGGUGUUUCCUUCCUUGCAGUUGAAAGUUACUACUAUUGUCUUUUAGCUAGCAUACCCAGUGACUCGUGUAAUUUUGCCUUUCAAGUAUUUUCUCUAUUCCCUUUGGUGCUAGCUCUGAUAGGCAAAACUGAUACAUCCAGUUAAAUUAUUGUUCUUUUGGCCCCUGUUGGUCUUAUGGAGAUAAUCCAGUGUACUGUUGACAAUGUCAGCAAUCUAA